ACAGGACAGACAAGUUUCUGUUUCGUACAGUAGUGCUGAUACCUGACACCUUUGCAUACCAUGAGAGUGGUCAGACUUGAAUUUUAAUACCGGCAUCCAAACUGUGAACACUUAUUUCACUUGACUCUCCUGGAAACAUCUCUGGAAGAACAACGAUGUAUACUUCUCCACCACCAUAUACUGCAGCACCAGCUCCAUAUGGGAGUGUGGCCUACCAACCACAAGUGAUGCCAUUUCCAAUGCAACCAGCAAUGCCAGGAGCACAACCAAUCAAUAUUCAAGUUCAGAGUAUAGCUCCUCUACCACCACCACCAGCAACAAACAUCCAGAUAGUGACAGCACCAGUGGUCAGCCAGCCCCAACCAACAAAUUAUGUAGCAGAUCAAAUAAUCAUUAAUCCAGUACUUGGGGAUAAGCCAUGUCUGGCCAAGUGUCAAUACUGCCGCAGGCAGGCUGUAACAAAUGUGACUUACACAACGGGAGGAUUUGCCUGGCUGAUAUGCGUGCUGCUCUUUUUAUUUGGGGGAAGUCUCGGCUGCUGCCUCAUCCCAUUCUGUGUGAACAGCUGUAAAGAUGCACAUCACCAGUGCUCACAGUGCAGUGCUGAAAUCUACGUUCACAAGCGUCUAUAAAAGAAUGAUGGCAACAACGGAAAUACAGUCAUCUAUACAUUAAAAGAAUUUUAUCUGUUAAUGCCAUGUGGUUUUUCUUAUGUGGUUAACUGUCUAAAAGAUGUUUUCAGUUAAGAUAUUAAGUGUAGAAUUCAAUAUUUCUAAUAUGUAACCUUCUUCAAGUUCACAUGUAUCGUUUUAUAUAUAGAAUACAGUAAAAUUACUACUUUCCAGUUUGACCAAAAUGCAGCAAGUUGCACUUUUCCAGGUUCAUGAUUGGUAGAGGAACUGUAGUGUUUUUAUUCAGUGCUAGCCCAUUGCUAUUAUUUUAUUUAAAGUUUUGUGCCUACAUUGUAGAUUCAAUGCACACAGCACUGUGGCAUCUCAUUAAAGAUGGGCUGUGGGAGCCUUUGAUGCACAAGACAGGUUAUAUACAUUAAUAAUAUAUGAGACAGAAGAUUUCCCCCAAAAAGAUCAUGACUAUACAAAUUGUACUAGUUAUAUAGUUGUGAGCUGCUUGAGAAUAAAAUGAUCCAUUAUGCUGUAAAU